AUGAAUUGGGCAGCUCAUAAUCGACUAUCAUAUUUGGCCAAAAAAUAUGAUAGUUUAAAAAUCAACGCUUUGAGGCAGAAAGGUUUGCUUUUUACCAACCUUCCAUAUGAGCUGCUGGAGUCAAAUUCCAAAUUUCUGCAAUUAUUAUCAAAAUGUAAUUUAAAUAUUUCAAGUGACGAAGUUCAUGUAAAGAGAAGUAGGCUUGGUUACCCGUUUGGUAAAGCCUUGGCCUUGGUUGAUCAAGUAACUCCGAAUUUUGACUUUAAAUUCGACAACUCGAAUACUAGACCAUCUAAUUUUAGUGGUUCUUCAACAACGGCUUCGUUGAAUGUCCUCUACAAUUCCAUUGUUGAUAACUUACCCAGGGAGUCUUCAGUAUUUUUAUGCGAUGAGCACGACGUAUCGUGCUUCGUAGAACAGUAUGUUACUACCUUAAUAAGUAAUUUUAGGUGUGAACGAUUGUUGACAUUGCCUGAGGAUUUGAGAAGGUUAUCUAGUCCAGAGUUGCUACACAGGAUUGUUAGCGUCACCGGAUUUACAAGUUCAUAUGGUCGAGUUGAAUUGUCUGAAGUGAUACAAAAUACUACAAACGUCAAAGUUGAUCCCAAAAAUAUAAUAUUUCGUUUUAAAGAUGAUGGAGACCAGGACUCGUUAGCAUGGGUCAUUUGCGAUUCUGUCAAGCAGGCCAAUACAAUAAUUUCAAAGCUACAGGAGGUUCCUGUUCCUAGAAGGUACCAGUAUGGAAAUCUGAUGGGUGCCGCGUUUUUGUAUUCGUCACGAAGCUCGUUCUUUUUAUCAGACCCAUCUCUCGAUUUUAUAACAAAAAGAAGCAAAUAUCAGGUUUUUACUAUGGGCUGGCACUCGGAUGUCGACGAGCCUGAACUGAAGACCCUGACUGACAACCUAAAGUUCUACCCGAAAAAAAUUACAAUACACAAAAUAAAGUCAAAAGACGAGAAAAUAACUGAAACUUGUGCCUUUUUAGAGUUUGAUCGCAUGAGAAAUGCUAAAAAAAUAAUGCAUCGACUACAAAUUAUUAAAAAAAGGUGGAAGAUACCAGAUAACUCGGCGUUUUAUGCAUAUCCGAAAAUGGCUGAUGUGUUGUGGAAGUCACAGAAUGGAGACUACAAAAACGACGAAAUGUUUGAUGGUGAUUUGGAUGAGCCCGUGGAGUAUUAA